GUUUUGGUGUCGAUCCUCAUCUCGAAUUUACAUCACUGGGAAGCAGAGCCUAGUAGAGAUGAAGUGGUUACUCCCUCUCACAAUCAUCUAUCUCUCCUCCAAAACCGUCGCUGGGACGUACCGUGGUAUAUCGUCCCGCUGUUCCCCGGUUAUCUGGGAUGCAAUAGUAUCGAAACUACACUCAUUACCGGCGGAAUUUGAGCGAAAUGUAUGCCGACGCAACUGUCCCGUCCACAUCACCGAGCCCUCAUCACCAUACCAUCAGGGCAAUGGCAUGGAUGAUCUCUUCGAUCACAUUAUUAAGCCCGCCAUUGAAGAAGUGUACUAUUUCAUGGCAAUUCUAGACACAAAAUACCCGACGCCACUAAGUGACCUACUCCAUGUCGGGCGCCUUGUCACGGAUAUCGCGGAAUCGUGUGCUGCGACAUACAAUAUCCACAGCCUAUGCCCCGUACAGCAAGAGUUACUACUACAAAAUCAGCAGUCGUCGGGGUCGGAAACGUCGAGGCAGUUUAAAAAGUGUUUGGAGGAUACGGCAAUUCCAGCAUUAGUAGACAGAGUGGCAGCAUUCAUGCCCUGGCUGAGUAAAAUGUGUAGCAAAUUCACGCCCGAAAUGGUUGACAGGGUAUGGAGACGAGCGGUUUUAGGGAAUAUGGGGGAGUAUGGCAUGGAGUGUGCAAAGAGUGUGGUGGGGGACUAUUACUUUGGAUGA